AAGGAGGCAUGCAGCUGAUAGACAAAAGAUAGAAGUAACUUAUGCUCUAAUGAAUAACAUAUUAUCACCCUGAUCACGUAGAGUAUUUGGCGAGUUUGCGCAAAACAUUUUUUGAUUGAUCUAAAGUGUAUAUAAGAUGCAUCAAGUAUUGGGACUUUUGCAUUUUGAGGCAGACCACUUCUCAAACUGAACAAGAUAACUUCACUAGAUAUCAUCGGGGCUCACUGAAGUCAGGAGGUACUUAAGACAGUGAAAAGACAACUAUGGAUUUUUGUGCACUCAUCUUUGUGGUUUAUCUCGCCAUUGGCGCCGCUGCAGGGCACCAGCCACGUUCCUGUAAAGAAAUAUACGACCAGAACAGCGCCAGCUCCAACAAGGCAUAUACCCUCAGGUUAGACAAUGGAGAUCUGCCGGUGUACUGUUCCAUGAGUGGGGAGCUCGGAGAAUGCGGAGAUGGCGGAUGGACGCUGGUCAUGAAGAUUGAUGGUGAAAAGAACACGUUCUGGUAUGGUUCAAACAGGUGGUAUGACAGGUCUUCAUUCUCUCCCCAAAAUGGAGACACUGGGUUGGAUCACUUGGAGACCCAGUUACCAACCUACUGGAGCACUUCCUUCACCAAGAUCUGUCUCGGUAUGAAGGUCAAUGGAGUAACCAGGUUCUUGCAAGUGGAUAAGGCAGCAGCCUCACUGCAUGACCUCAUUGCUGAUGGUGAAUACCGUCCUACUUCGCUGGGUCGGGAUGAAUGGAAGACGCUGAUUGGUCCCGAUGCCUCUCUGCAGCUUAAAUGUAACAAAGAAGGGUUCAACUCGCAAGGAACUAUGCACCGUACCUCGAGAGUUCGAAUUGGAAUCAUCGCUAAUCAAGAAAACGAUUGCAACUUCCCUGAUUCCAGAAUCGGAUUUGGUGGAGGAGGGUCAGGAUUCGAAAACGCCUGUGGAAACGGAGCCUCGUGGAGUGCGGACAACGGAGACAAAAAUAUCAAGGCUUUCGGCUACAUCUUUGUUCAGUAAAGAAGCUAAACUGCUCUGCUUAAGGAAAAAGUUGCAUGCGACGUAAAGCGAUGAUCAUGCUCUAAUUUCAGUAAUGGGGAUUUUAAAUGUAGGUUUUUGCUUUUGCACUUACGCGAAAGAACAAUAAAAUUGGGUUAAUGAAUCUAAA